AUGUGGCCGAUCCUGAGCAACCAGGGGCUCAUCGACGUCAACCAGCAGUGGGCCGGGCACCCGGGGACGAUGGUGCGCAGCGAGGACAUCGAUUCGGACGACUUCGCCGCCGCCUACGCCUGGGGGGUAGAGUGCAACAGGACCGACGCGUCGCAGCGCGGCUGGAAGUACCAGGCUGUGCCAGGAGCCGAGGGCGGAGUGCAGGUCGUGAGCGCCGACGGCCUCUGCGUCGACGCAGGCUCGCCGUGGCCCGUGGGCCUGGCGGAGUGCAACGGCUCCGCUCCGAGCCAGGUCUUCAUCACCACACCCGACGGCGAGCUCCAGGCAGCCGGCCCCGGUGGCGGCGAUGCUCUGUGCCUGGAGGUGGAGGGCAAGCUCGGGCCGGCGCUGCAGCUCACGAAGUGCUCGAGAGGCGCCAAGCGCCAGCGGUUCACGCUUACGGAUGGAGUGUGGGCCGACGGGGGCGACGACGGAGACACGGAUGACUCGCUCCGCUGCAUCUCGGCGAGGCCAAAGUACCCGUCGAUCCUCCCAGCACGCUCCAUCAGCUGGCAGAUUUGGGCGAAGCCGCUGCCCGGCGGGUCCCUGGCCGUGUUCGCGGUGAAUCGAAAGGAGCCUGGGCUGCAGGCAAAGGUGACUCUCGACGAGUUGCAGGAGAAGUUCGGCGAUAUGUUCCCGCUGGUCGAGGGCAACCCGUUCAAGGUGUGGGACAUGUACGAGCAGAAGAGCCUCGGAAGCUUCUUCAACAGCUACACGACAGACCCGAUUCCGAUCAAGGAUAGCAGAUUCUUUAUCUGA